CUUUAACAUACACGAAGAAGAAAAGGAGGACGGAAAUUAAAAACAGAAGAAGAAAAGUCUCGGGUUUGUGUUUAUUCUUACCAUCUGACCGUUUUCAGUGUCUAAUGUAAUGGUCGUUACUACUUCAUAUCAGAAUUGUGUGUAAGGGACAGAUAUUGGUUACCCUUUUGAAACAAUGCAAACCAACAGUGAUCAUGAUGACAUUGACGUCCCCUCUUGGGUGUCAGUGUGUCCAGGAGGUCUCUGGAAAGUCCAGCGAAAGAAAACACAUGGAGGGAGUCAGGCGACUGUUUCUAAUUCUGGAGAUGAUGCAGCAUGUUCAUCCAGUGACUGUCCAAGGUUGGGUUCUCUGUGUCAAGUCCGGGUGCGGAUCAAAGCUAACAUGCAUGAAGCAGAGACUUUAGUAUCUGAAAUGGGAAAUGAGAAGCUGUCACACCAAUCAGUGACUGAGAUUACAGCGGUCACAGCCUUCCCAAGGUGUCAGGACGCUGUGCUGCAGGUCCCACUGGGUGACUGGAUAACAUUGAGGCUUGGCGAGGGUCAGUGCGAUAUCACAGAAGCAUGUGUGGAAGGGAUGAGAGCGGGAGAGAAAACUGAGAUACUGAUAUCUCCAGUGGAAAAUGGACUAGACGUAUAUGCUCCAGGUGAAGCAAACCUACCUUUAGGUGCCACAGUUGAACUCAAAUCUUACACACCAGGCAAGGAAUCCUGGGAGAUGUGCCCUGGUGAAAAGUGGCAGUGGGUGAAGUCACACAAGGAGCAGGGUGGAGUGAGAUUCAGAAGUGGGGAUGUGUGGGGAGCAGCAGACAGCUAUAGUCGGGCUCUCAAACUCGUCAUCACUCUCCGUGUUCUUGGCAAAGGGGUGGAGGAAAAAGCACAAGAAGCAGAGGAGCAGGUUGACACAGACACUGGUGAUAAAACAUAUCAACAUCCUUCAGCUAAUGAAGUAAAAUCCAUCAAAGCAGAACUUCACUCAAACAUGUCAUUGUGCCAGCUUAAAAUUAACCAACCCGAACGAGCUAAGGUGAGUGCGAUCAAAGCUACUGUGCUGGAACCGGCUGUGGCUAAAGCCUGGUACAGGAUGGGCCAAGCCUGCCAGAUGUUAAACGAGCUGGAGGAGGCCAGGAAGGCAUUUAGGAAACUGCUGGAGCUACAGCCAGAAUCACCUGCUGCUCUGAAAGCACUUAAAGACAUUGCAAGUAAAGAGAAAGACAACAAUGCACAGUUGGGACUUCGACUCAGCAAAAUGUUCAGCUGAAGAAGGGAUAUUAUCCAGUUAUUAUAAGGUGCUAUCUGUGGAACAGUAUGUUUCUUCUUAUGAAUUACCAUUAAAUGGGUACAGCCAAUGCACGUUUGUGUCCCAACUUUAUGCUUUUAAUUUUUAACAUUUCAGAUUAUGUAAUUCAUGCAAUGAAACAUCAAACUUACUUAGGAUGAAUUAAUGUACUACGUUGGUUAAUGGGUACAUAACAUUUUGGUUUUGUGUCCAAUACAUGUGUUCAUCCCUUAAAAUAUAUAUUUGUAGUGCUCCUAGAAGACCACAGGGUGGUGGGAUUUGUCACCUAGUCCCACAGCCGGUGGGAUGUCACAUUGGUCGCUGUUGUUGAGACAAAAGCUGCCGAAACCCGGGAUCGAACCAGGGACCUUUAGAUCUUCAGUCUAACGCUCUCCCAACUGAGCUAUUUCGGCGUGAGAGGGAGACCUGGUACAGGGAAAAGCCAUAUAGAGUGAAAUAUCGAAUGUAGGUAAAUGGUUUAUUUUCAUUGAAACAGAACACAAAUACAUAGAGAGAAAUUACCAAGGUGGUUAAAGAAGCACUUAAAAUGACUUUAAUGUUCAGCAAUAUUUUGUCAAUUUAUAAAUCAACAUGUGUAACUUGUAACAAAAAUAAAGAUACUACUAAACAGAA